AUGCACUUCAUCGCCGCUACAGCUCUCUCCAUGCUUGCCAUGCAGGCGCAGGCCAAGACCGUCAAGGUCAUGGUCGGGCAGGGCGGCCUGAAGUUCACUCCCGACAACAUCAAGGCCAGCAAGGGCGAUACCAUUGAGUUCUCCUUCUACACCAGCACGCACAACGUCAUCCAGGGUGAUGCCACCAAGGCCUGCAACCCCGUUGACAAGGGCGGCUUUUUCUCUGGCGAUAUGAAGGUUACUUCUGGCAAGGGCACCAAGACUUUCACUGUCAAGGUCGACAGCACCGACCCCAUGUACAUCUACUGCGGUGUUGGCCAGCACUGUCAGGCCGGCAUGACGGCCGUCAUCAACCCCAAGGCCGAUGGCGAUGUCAAGUCCUACGCCGACAACGCCGCCAAGGCUGACAAGAACGUCACCCCCAAGGGCGAUGCUUUCGGUGGAACUGUUGCUGAUGCUAAGCUCGAGCCCACCGAGAGCGGCUCCAUGGUUUCCACCAAGGGUGUCUCUUCCAUGAGCCCUACCGGUGGUGCCAUGACUACUGGCAGCAUGAGCGGCUCUGCUACUCCCACCAACAGCAAAGCUGCUCCCUCGUCCACUGGUGCCGCCUCCAACCUCGAGGGCCAGCUCGGUGCUGCCGUUGCCGCUGCCGCCGGUCUUGCUGCUUUCAUCCUUUAA